CGCAUAGAACCGCGAAUCGAGCAUCCACGUUCAUCGGCCUCCUCUACCGGCAGCCAUGCGGCUUUGUAUCCUCCUCAUCGCUCUGAUCUCCACUACCGUGGCGCUGGAGAACGCGCAGAGAACCGCGCGCACGCCACAGGCGCAGAUUAAGUACAAUGAUCCUAAUGGAUCGAAAGUAGACUGGAAGCUGUUCGGUCUACAGACUCAAGGGCGUACUCAGCUGGAAAACUCGCAACGUAAACAGCGAGGACAGACUGAGUACACCUAUCCUCAGCAAGCAAUUCAGAGACCAGUGCAACCCCAAGUAGUCCAGCAACACGAGCUAGAUCCUGCCCAAUACAAAGCCACGUAUCAGCAACAGCAAUCGGCCCAGCCAGAUCCAAACCAAUACAAAGGAUACUCUCAGUCUCAGCCAGAGGUGCUCUACAAACCACCAGUCCAGUAUCAGUACAAACCAUAUCAACAUUCUCAGGCCCCUAUAGACGCUCAGCCAGCUCCAAUUCAGAUCCAAUAUAAAACGUUCGCUCAGCCUCAAUCACGAGUGGACGCGCAGCAAGACCCUAAUCAGCUCCAAUACAAAGUGUAUCAACAAUCCCAGGCCCAAGCGGAAGCACAAACGGAACAGAAUCAGAUUCAGUAUAAAUACAGGCCAAUCUCUGAGGUACCUGGACACGUGAAGCAGUUGGUGUUGGACAACUUCAAGCCUCAGCGUCCUUAUGUUGAUCAUACAGCUUUUCUGUAUACUACGAACUAUGCUGCGCCUCAACAGCAUGAUCAGCAAUCAGCAAAUGCCGAUUUGGCCAGUUACGAGCAACCUUCGGAGGGCUAUGAGCAAGAACAGCAGAAGACCAGGAGAGAGUACUCAGAUAGAGGAUUACAAGGAAGGAUCGUCUACAAGGACAACUACAAGCAGGGAGAAGAUGUGCAACCGCAACCUGACUACUUGCAAGUACCCAUUGAGAAGUUGCCAAUUCCUUCAGCACCGAAAUUAGUUUUUGACAAGAGCAUGCCCCCAGAAAUUCAGCAGCUGCUGCAGUACCAAACUCAGCUGCCCUAUGAUGUCAUUGCCAAUAGCAUAACCUAUAAACCGAAAUCAGUCUUCAUUCCUAAACCGUUGCCUGCUGAUGCCAGUGGACCAUAUCAAUAUCGCAGUAAGGUUUAUUACAGGAAUAUAAACGAUGAAUAUGAACCGGAAUACGAUGAAAGUAAACCUGUCCAAGAGGAGCAGAGGCACUGAGCAAUGACUUGGAAUAAGAUGGAUUGAAUAGUGGAAGCGAGUAUGUACUGACUACGCCUAAGUUAAGAGAUUUUGAGACGGGAGAAGUGA